GUCGCAGAGUGAUGACGUGCCCUUCUCCGGGUUUACGGAUAGCGGCUAAUGAAGGGAACAUGCCGCAGGGAAAGCUGCAGGAACAGGAGUAAUAUUUCACUUUAAGUUCGGACAUAUCGCUUUCAAAAUGACCAACAGAACAUCUUACUUUUAUGACCCGGAUGUGGGCAACUUUCAUUACGGUGCCGGCCACCCCAUGAAGCCUCACCGUUUGUCCCUCACUCACAGCCUGGUGCUGCACUACGGCCUCUACAAGAAGAUGAUGGUUUUCAAGCCAUACAAAGCUUCUCAGCACGACAUGUGCCGUUUCCACUCUGAAGAUUACAUCGACUUCCUGCAGAAAGUCAGUCCCAAUAACAUGCAGGGCUUCACCAAGAGCCUCAACGCUUUUAACGUGGGAGACGACUGUCCUGUGUUUCCAGGUCUGUUUGAGUUCUGCUCAAGAUACACAGGAGCAUCUUUACAAGGAGCCACACAACUCAACCACAAGAUUUGUGACAUCGCCAUAAACUGGGCCGGAGGUUUACAUCACGCCAAAAAGUUUGAGGCGUCAGGUUUCUGUUAUGUCAACGACAUUGUCAUCAGCAUACUGGAGCUUCUGAAGUACCAUCCCAGAGUUCUCUACAUCGAUAUCGACAUUCAUCACGGCGACGGCGUCCAGGAAGCCUUCUACCUGACAGACAGGGUCAUGACUGUGUCCUUCCACAAAUAUGGGAACUACUUUUUUCCUGGAACGGGCUACAGGCAGCUGUUCCAGCCCGUUAUCAAGCAGGUGGUGGAUUUCUACCAGCCGACCUGCAUCGUCCUGCAGUGUGGAGCAGAUUCUCUGGGCUGUGACAGACUGGGCUGUUUUAAUCUCAGCAUACGAGGACACGGUGAGUGUGUAGAGUUUGUAAAGAGCUUUAAGAUCCCUCUGUUGGUUCUCGGAGGGGGAGGAUACACUGUGAGGAAUGUAGCUCGUUGCUGGACCUUUGAGACGUCUCUGCUGCUGGACGAGUCCAUCAGUGAUGAGCUGCCUUACAGUGAGUAUUUUGAGUACUUUGCUCCAGAUUUCACGCUGCAUCCUGACGUCAGCACCAGGAUAGAAAACCAGAACUCCAGACAGUAUCUGGAACAGAUCCGUCAGACUGUCUUUGAAAACUUGAAGAUGUUGAAUCACGCCCCCAGUGUCCAGAUCCACGACGUCCCGUCAGACAUAAUGAGCUUUGAGCGCAACGAUGAGCCGGACCCUGAUGAGCGAGGAGCCGAGGAGAACUACAGCCGGCCCGAGGCGGCCAAUGAGUUCUACGAUGGCGACCACGACAACGACAAAGAGAGCGACGUAGAAAUUUGAGCCCAGCAUCGAAGGACUGAACCGAAACACUCGGUUCAUCCACAGCAGUUUUUGUUUUUUACAGCAGUGAGACGUUUUUUUAAUGACGCCUGCUGAAACAUUUGAUGUAUCGUGUAUUUUCUCUUUGUAUGUACAAAGUUUUCACAUAAAAUUCCUUUCAUGUUGUC